CGUCACGUGGCACGGGAAGGGGCGGGCCGCGCCUCCGCACAUGCGCACUUCCAGCCGGGGCCUUCUCCCUUCUCGCCCUACGCCGCCGACAUGGUGUUCAGGCGUUACGUGGAGGUCGGCCGGGUGGCCUACGUCUCCUUCGGGCCUCAUGCCGGAAAGCUGGUGGCGAUCGUAGACGUUAUUGAUCAGAACAGGGCUUUGGUGGAUGGACCCUGUACCCGGGUAAGGAGGCAGGCCAUGCCUUUCAAAUGCAUGCAGCUCACUGACUUCAUCCUCAAGUUCCCACACAGUGCCCGCCAGAAGUAUGUACGCAAAGCCUGGGAAAAGGCAGACAUCAAUACUAAAUGGGCCGCUACCAGAUGGGCCAAGAAGAUAGAAGCCAGAGAAAGGAAAGCCAAGAUGACAGACUUUGAUCGUUACAAAGUCAUGAAGGCUAAGAAAAUGAGGAAUCGCCUCAUCAAGAAUGAAGUGAAGAAACUGCAGAGGGCCGCCCUCUUGAAAGCUUCUCCCAAAAAGGCCCCGGUCGCCAAGGCCGCCAUCGCUGCUGCUGCCGCUGCCGCCGCAGCUGCCAAAGGCAAAGGCCCAGGCAAAAAGCCCUCGGCCGCCGACGGGGCCAAGAAAGCAGCCGGCCAGAAGGCUGCUCCCCAGAAAGCAGCUGGCCAGAAGGCCGCCCAGCCCCCCAAAGCUCAGAAGGGUCCGAAAGCCCCAGCCCCCAAGGCAGCCGCUCCCAAAGCAUCCGGCAAGAAGGCUUAGGGGCUGCUGCUCAGAAGAGGAAUUAAAGUUCUUUUUUGACAUGUUG